CGUGAUGGAUGACAAUGGAAACCGUUCUCUGUGCUUCGAUGAAUUUUGCAAGGGAAUCGAAGAAAGCGGCGUCAAGACCGAGGACGGUUGUCGCGCUCUUUUUGACGCUUUCGACAAGGACCGCUCCGGUUCUGUUUGCAUCAACGAAUUUCUUAAAGCCAUUCGGCCUCCCAUGUCGGAUGGACGCAAAAGGGUUAUCGCCGAUGCGUUCAAAAACUUAGAUCGAACUGGCGAUGGUGUGGUCACUCUGGAAGAUUUAAACGGCGUCUAUAAUGUCAAACACAAUCCCAGAUAUUUGAGUGGGGAGGAAACAGAAGAGCAAAUUCUCAAGAAGUUCCUGGCUAACUUUGAGUCAAACGGUUCUAUUGAUGGAAUGGUAACAUAUGAUGACUUCCUAGAUUAUUACGCUGGAGUCAGUUCGUUAAUCGAUCAUGAUGCAUAUUUUGAUUUGAUGAUGAGGCAGGCAUGGAAAAUGUAAUGUUUUUAUUCUCGCACCUUAUCGAAGAAUC